AUGGCGGCAUAUACACAAAAACCACUGUUCAACAGAUGCUUUCAAAAUGCAAUAUCAUCCGAGGCCGUCAUAGCAGAAAAAUUGUGGGCAAUAGAAUAUCUCAACGACUGGUUUACAAACAACUCUAGCGCAAGUAUUCCGGGUCCACAGGCGGAUCCCAAUAUACUACAAUGGGAGACCAUAUACCACCUGUGUAUCAAUGGCAGUAAAGAGGCGGUGAUACGACUACUUCAGCUAGGGCUUACAUUUUCCGUGCCCUGGGAUCCAAGAACUCUCUUUCAUGCUGCUGUCAGGAGAUAUGAUAACGACAAGGACAUAUUGUAUCACCUGCUGGGCAAUCUGCCCUUGAACCAAUUUUUUCUUGUUUUUCAACCAGAUGAGACUGGAGAAACACCUCUACAAUGCGCCUUAAACCAGCCCUAUUUUGGUGAAAAGGAGGCGAUGCUAUUGAGGUGGGCACUUCAUGCUAGAAGACUGGGGUGGGAGAUACACUACAACAGAACACUCGCUGUUGCUGCACGGAAUGGACACAUUGAUGCCGUCAAAAUGCUCCUCGGCGCUUUGCAUGAUGCGAGGCACGAUAUGAACACAGAUCCACUAAUCUCGGCUAUUCGUUACAUGGCAAAAGAGACUAACAAUGACGAAAACCUCGCCAUUGGAUGUGACAUAGUCACACAGCUGGCCCAAUAUGGACAUGAAAUGGGAUGGGGCAACGGAGUGGGAUACUUUGUUCAAGAGCUUGUCGGUCUCUUUAAAUAUAGGGUAUAUGGAACGACAUAA